AUGCCGUUGAAGCGUACACCCCCUCCCUCGCCACUCACCACAUCAAUAGCGCCCACGUUCAGUAGUGCAGAGUACAGUGCUAACACUCUAACAACAAAAGAAAUCAGUUCUAUGCAUCACAGCGAUUCUGCGCCUGAUUUAACUACUCUUAGGACGACUGUCAGUGAGAGGAAAAAACGAAAGCACCCUGGAGGAGAUGACAGCAUCACGUCCUUGAUAAAAGAUAUGUUUACCAAUUUCUCUAAGGAACAGGAAACGCGUUUUUUAUAA